UGCUCUAAAAUGAAUGUGGAUGACAUAAAAAACAAAUUGAAAGAAUUAAAUAAGAAACAAUAGGAAAGUUUAAGUAAACGAAAAAGCUUGAUUAAAGAAAUUAAAAGCAUGCCCUUUUAGUAAUUUGCAUUUAAUAUGAUAAUAGAAGGAAUAAUCACAAAAAUAAGAAACCUAAGGAUGAAAAUGAAAAGGUAAUUAUAGAAUACGAAUGUUUUGAAGACUUUUGUUAUAAAUCUUGAGGGUGCAAAGGAGGAACGUGCUGAAAAGUAAAAGUAGCUUGAUCAAAAAGUACCCAUUGCCUAGAAGGAGAAGGAUAGAAGAAUAGCAAAAUUUCUAUUUGGCAACCAUUUACAAAGAGCUAAGUAAGACUUGGAUGGAGAAAAAUAAAAAGUAAUUUAGAGUGUUAUGUAAACUUAGUUGGACAAAUAAAUUGAAAUCAAUAAAAGACUGGAAGAUAAAGACAGACAAGAUUUGAUGGUAUAUAAGGAGGAUUAAGAUGUAUAAUAUAAAUAAUAAAAAAUAGAAAAGAAAAGAAUAAUUGGUAACAGAAAGAAAGUAAUUAGAGAGAGAAUUAGCAGCUGAUGAAUUUAGAAGACAAGUAAAUAUUGUAUCAAUUUUAUUAGUAAUUAUUAUUGGAGCUCUAAUUAAAAACAAUGAGAGAAUUUUUUAUCACAAAGUAAAUUAUAUAUCUUAGAAAUUCUUAGAACAGCUCCAUAUUUAUUAUGGUAACCAGUUAAAACAAAUGAAGGGAUGAACCCACUUAAAGAAUAUAGUAAUGAGAGAUUUAACGUAAAAUGAAAAUUAAAUUAUUCUUAGGAAAUGGAAAGGGACCUAAAAGAGAAGUUACAAAGAGCAUACUAAUAAUUCCUUGACUUUUAAACUCAGAAAAUAAAAGAGUAGCCAGUUGAGUAAGAGCAUGAAAGUUCUCAAUCUGAAAGUGAUGAAUCUUAGGAGAAACCAAAGGAAGAUGGGUAAGAAUGA